AUGUCACAGUCACGAGCAUCAAGUGAACCUCACUCGCUGGAUAGUCCACAUGACAGUAUUUCGUCAGACAACUCUUACGUCUCUCCCGACUUUGACACUUCUUCUACUGCGUCGCAACUCUCCCUGACUCAAGAAGGCAAAGCACGUUCCAGCAGAGCACAAAGCGCAGCCUCGGAAGCACCGAAAGCUUCCACACCGCAGUUCGAUCCGAAGGUCCUACUCAGCCCAAGAGCUGCCUCCAAGCGGUCUCGUAAUGCGCUCGAAGACGAGGAUUCCACGACUCAAUCAGAUGAUACGCUCGGUAGCGGAGCACCGUCUGGGCUGAGUAACUUCAUUGAGCGUAUCCACAAUGUUAGCCGCCGAGAGGAUGAACCGCGAAAGCGUAUCAUGAAAGACAUCAGAGUCCAUGGAGAAGAUUCCACGAAUAAGUCAACGUUCACCGGCACCGCCAACGGAACAGUCCUUGGGCAGUACAUCAAAGACAAGCGCGAGGAGGGUAAACAGCAAGGACCAGAUUCCGGUCCGCCUGUGAACCUGCCCUUGAGACCCAACAACGACGUCGUGGACCUUACUGGCGGCGACGACGAUGACGACGACUUGGUCCUUAUCAAGGACACUGGCGACCGCGAGGUUUGUCUUGGUAGGGUAGACAAAGCCUUCGUCAAUGCAUAUCAAGUCCCAUCUCCCAAACAAGGCGGCCCAGCGUGGGAUAAGCAUUGGCCCGCCAUCAAGGUCACCUUCAAGCGGCGUGCUGUAGGUAGCGAUCUCAGGAUUGGAGUCUGGGACGCCAUGGGUAGGGAAUUCGGCACCAUCGACCCACGCACCGCAGCCGGACUUGCGCCAUUGAUGUCCACAGUUGCGACUCACCGCAUGCGUCUUGCGGGAAGACUACAACACCGAAAGCGUGAUCCCUCUCAGAAGCCUGGCCAAGGCAUCUCAGAACCGCUCUGGCUCAUUCUCCAACUGUACGCGCCUCGCAAGCAUGCCGUCGCUAUAGGUAAAUUCCUGAGCCAAAAGCAAGUGUUCCUUCGGGAGCCGAUGUUCCUAGAUAGAGGCAUGGAAUACUGCAAUCCUCAAGCUCCGAAAUCCAUCGCAGUUGCAGGCCCUACAGCUGUGUCGAGUAUCAUGCAAUACACACCGGGCACCAGCUACGUCAUGCGGACUGUGGAGGAGGUCCGCACCGAGGUUGUCAGUAUGUUCGACAGCCUCAAGCAGUCUGAAGAUCUCCCUGAAAAGGAGCAACCAUUGAGUAUCUCUACGCCUCUUCUAGCCCAUCAAAAGCAAGCUCUAUGGUUCAUGACCGAUCGCGAAAAAGACCGCAGUUUCAAGGAAGAUGACAACGACACGAGCUCGCUAUGGCGCGUAAAGCUCCGACCGAACGGACAGCGGAUGUACUACAACGUCAUCACGGGCCUUGAAUCGCUGCAACAGCCACCACCGGUUUAUGGGGGUAUCCUGGCCGACAUGAUGGGCCUUGGCAAAACACUGAGUAUCCUCUCACUCGUUGCCGACACGCUAGAUGAAGCCACGGAAUGGUCGAAGAAGAAACCAGCGCAAAGUCCUGGUACCGUCUUGCUGCGCAACUCUCAGGCUACACUUCUGGUUGCUCCAGUGAGCACGGUAUCGAACUGGGAAGAGCAAAUCAAGGCGCACGUGAAACCGGGAACGCUCGACUACUACAUCUACCAUGGCCAGAACCGGACUCAAGACGUUGAGCAGCUUGCGAAAUACCAGCUCGUUAUUACUACUUACAGCAUCAUCGCUACCGAGUGGUCAAAGGGCAAGAAGAGCCCUCUGGAACAAACCAACUUCUUCCGCAUUGUCUUGGACGAGGCGCACAUGAUUCGCGAACAAGCAACGCGUUCUUCACAGGCCAUCUGCGCUCUCUCUGCGCAGCGCCGCUGGGCGGUCACCGGCACUCCGGUUCAGAAUCGGAUUGACGACCUGGGUGCCCUAAUCAAGUUUUUACGGAUCGAGCCUUUCAGUACCAAAGCUGGUUUCGCAAACUUCAUUCUCUCCCCUUUGAAGAACGCGGACCCGGAGGUCAUUCCAAAGCUCCGCCUCCUGGUCGAUAGUAUCACCCUUCGCCGGUUGAAAGACCGAAUUGACCUCCCACCUCGGCACGACCAGAUUGUCAAGCUUGACUUCUCGGAGAAUGAGCGAAAGCUCUACGACUUGUUUGCGAUGGACGCUGCGAAACAAGUGAAAGCAAUGAGUGCGGGCCGGGAGAAGCUUGGCGGAAGGGUAUAUGUUCACAUCCUACGGACCAUCAUGCGCCUGCGCUUGAUCUGUGCUCAUGGCCAGGAACUGCUCAGCGACGAGGACAUGAAGAUCACCGAGGGCUUCAGUGCCGACAAAGCGAUAGAUUUGGGAGAUGAGGAUGACGACGACAAGUGUGUUCUGUCCGCCAAGCAGGUCUACGACAUGUUGCACUUGCUCAAUCAGACGGAUAUGGACCGCUGUUCUCUAUGUAAUAAGAAGGUGCCCGACGAGAACGACGAGGCAAUGUCUGAUGGCAAGCUGGACAAUACGCUCGGCUAUAUGACACCUUGCUAUCAGAUUGUUUGUCCUGGCUGUAUGAAGGGCUUUCAGGAGACGGUUGACCAGCGGAUCUCGUCAGACAAGCACAUGAAGUGUCCCCUUUGCGAGUCGUACGUCAAGAUGAUUCCCUACGAGAUGUUGCGGGAUGAACUGCAGGAGGCCGAGGACGCGCGUGCGAAGCUGCGCAACAAUCCGAGGCUUGCGAAGCAGCUCGGUCGGUAUGAAGGCCCCCAUACGAAGACUAAAGCACUGUUGGACGCGCUUAACGAGAGCCACGAGUGGAGCGUGGCGCAUCCCGACGAGCCUCCUAUCAAGAGCGUCAUCUUCUCCGGUUGGACUUCUCACCUUGACCUCAUUCAGAUCGCGCUUGAGGACAACAACUUCCAGUACACGCGCCUCGACGGACGCAUGUCGCGUACCCAGCGGCGCACGGCCCUCGAUGUCUUCCAGAACGAUAGGGAUGUUCCGAUCAUCCUGAUCUCGAUCGGCGCCGGUGGGCUUGGGCUCAACCUCACCACUGGCUCGAGAGUCUACGUCAUGGAGCCUCAGUACAACCCUGCUGCGGAAGCACAAGCCGUGGAUCGCGUCCACCGACUGGGUCAGAAGAGGGAAGUCACGAUCACGCGAUACAUCAUGGAAGACAGCUUCGAGGAGAAGAUGCUGGAGCUGCAGCAGAAGAAGGUGCAGCUGGCGGACCUCAGCAUGAACAGGAACGUCAAGCUGGACAAGGCGGAGGCGGCGAGGAAGAGGCUCGAGGAUCUGAAGAGUCUUUUCAGGUGA